AUGAAAAAGAGGGUUGACGUUUUCGCCUUAAGCCUCUACGGUUUGAUCAUCUUUCCUAAGGCAUUAGGACAUGUAGAUGAAGUCGUCUCAGAUUUAUUCGAUCGCCUUGAUAAAUGGACCACACCCGUCCCUGCAAUCCUAGCAGAAACUUUUAGAUCCUUGAAUGCAUGUCGGAGAGAAGGCGAAGGAAGAUUUAUUGGUUGUGCACAGCUUCUAUUGGCUUGGUUCUAUAGCUAUUUUUGGAAGGUGGAAAAGGUCUCUUAUCGGGUUUUCUCCAAUGACUAUUCCCCAUUAAGAGAGUUAGUGGCUACAUCGAGGCGAGACGACAUCUCAGAAGGGAAAUGGAUAACCAUUCUCCAAAACUUACGAGUCGAAGAUGUUGAAUGGAGAGCUCCAUGGUUGAUCCCUAACGAGAUCUUAUAUCAGUGCGGUGAUUUUGACUGGGUCCCUCUGGCUGGAAUAUGGGGAGCUGUUGGAUACGCUCCAUUACUCGUGUUAAGGCAAUAUCGAUCAAGGCAGUUUACACAGUUGACACAGGGGUUGGCACAAUGUGAGUUCUCUUAUAAAGACAACAAUUAUAAGAAGAAUGUUUGUGAGAUAUCAGAUACUUGGAACCAAACACGAAGAAUGAAAGGAUUCACUACGGGCCCGAUGACGACCCCCGAGUAUGAUUGGUGGUGGGGUAGGAGAGUCAAUGACAACAUCCCAAUGCUAAGUCAGGAAAAUGCCCGACCGAUAGAAGAGCAUUUACAAGUAAUCUCAUCCGAGUUAGAAAUCAUCAAGCAAGACUUUGAGAAAAAGAGCUCGGAAUUGGGAAAGAAGAUAGAGCAAUUAGAGGAGGAAAAGAUGCGGCUAGGAUUAGAUGUCAACAUCCACAAGCUAGAGGCUAAGAAGCUAAGGAAAGGGAAGAAUAAAGCUGAAGAGGACUUGGAUAGUCUGAAGACUGAUUAUAAGAAGCUGCGUACGUCAAUAAGAACUGUCGAUUUGGGUAAGACGUCAGAUCAGUGGCGUCAAGAAAUUGAAAAAGAAAAGGCUAGAGCUGAUCACUGUGAGAAGAAGUUUCAAGAUGUUCGAAUGCGGGAAGAUGUUUUGAAAAAGAGUUUGUCAUAA